UGUUAACCUAAUGCUUCAACAGGCUUUAAGGUUUAUCAUUCGAUAAAAAUUUUCAUAUCGAUUCUGAUUUUUGAAAUUUGUCGGAAAGAACAACUUGAUUUAAAUAUCAUAUGAUGAGUCCGAAAUAAGAAAUCAAGACUCCAAAUUCAUUGCUCAUAAUUUUGUAUAGACGAAGAAGAUUUCUAAUAAACUCAUAAAUCAAAAUUCAGCCAGGCCUCCAAUUGGCAUAAAAAGCAUCCUCAAGCCUCCAAAAACACCAUCAAGAAAUAAAAGCUCCCACAGACACUCUAUUACCUCCGAACCAUCCCACCAAUUCACAUCCACCCUCAAAAUCCCUAAACCUUCCUCCUUCCUUCCUCAGUUCCUCCCCCCUCCAGUCACUCAAAGACCUUCUUCAACUUCUCACUCAGGCAGUCACUCCAGACUUCUUCCAGGUAAGACUUUUGUUCGGGUUUGGGCCAACUCUGAAGUGGGUUAUGGUAUAGGUGGGGAGUUGGACAGACUCUGUUCCACUUGGAAAGAAAAAUGUUAGAUUUUUUUAUUCAAUGGAUAUGAAUGGAUCCACUCAUCGUACAACACUUGAGCAUGACUCCAAUGUAACUAGAAAGACGAUCGCCUUCUUCAAGACUGCUCUAUUGAGAAUAUGAUAUAGAUCUUUCAGAAAAUUCGUGAAAAGCUAUAAGGACUCUAAUGGGAAGAAAUUCUGAAGAGACAAGGAGUGCGAUUAUGUUAAAAUUAACAAAGUCGUCACUAAGCCAAAAAUGAGGAUAUACAUGAAGCCCUUAAAUAAGAAAUUUGUUCCUAGUGCUUUCUCAAGAACCUCAAAUAAGAAAUUUUUCAUAACAAGAAAAUUUAAGGGGAAGCCAGGAGAAGAAUGGAAGCAUAAAAAGAUGCAUCUUGGGCUUUCUCUUUUACCUUCGACAAAAUCGACUUCAGAAAUUGAAAAGGCUAGCAAAGAAGUCUCAUCAAGCAAAGACUCUUCUUCUGAGGCCAAGACCAGCCACAGAUUAUUAAGAUUUGAGAACAAGAAGCUCAGGGAUAAAAAGAUAAUCAGAAUGAACAAAGUUAUUAAGAAGCGCGAUUUUAAAAAGGAAGAGUCGAUUUCAUCUAUAAAAGAAUUCAAAAUCUGUGUUCUUCCACCUAUCAGAAAGCAAAGAAAGUAAUUGGAGUAGUGCUAAUCGUACUUUUCCUUCAAACUUUAGUUAGAUUAUGAUGAAUUCGUACUCUACUAAUUAUUUCAACUAAA